AUGGCUAGACGCUUCCCAGACAUCGAGUCUCUGUCUUCCUCCUCGGUUGAUCGUGUCCAGGGCAAGCUCAGGGCAGAUCUGGACAGCAUAGAUGGCGAGCUUGACAGUCUGCUGGCAGCUCUACGAAACGAGCAUGCAUCAGAAAAGCUCUCGGAUUCGGGAGGCAUACAAGUUGCGGUUCGUCAGCUCUUUGACCAGCUGGAGAAGAUCCGCAAGAAAGCGGCCAGUAGCGAGAGUACAGUCAGGGAGAUCACUGGUGACAUCAGGACGUUGGAUACAGCUAAGCGGAAUAUUGUCGGUAGCAUGACCGCCAUCAAGAGACUACAGAUGCUCGAAUCCGGAGCUGCCAGGCUGGAAGUACUCACCUCUGAGCGCAAUUUUAGAGAAGCAGCCCAGGCCCUGGAGGCAGCCAAAUCAUUACAAACAUCUUUCAAAUCCUACAUGGGCGUCGAGAGAGUGGCAACAGUUUGGAGAAACCUCAAUGAUUCGCAGCAGCAGCUCAGGACGGCAGCAAUGGAAGCGUACGAAGGAUUCUUCCUGCAUGAUCCAUCGAGGCCGAUUCGCACAACGCAGAUACCUGAGGCCGCCCUCGCACUCGAUGCCAUUGGGCCAGAUGCAGUGACGGCUCUUCUGGACUGGUACUGUGCCCUGCAGCUUAGAGAAUAUCGCCGCAUAUUUCGUGCCACGGACGAAGCAGGUCAGCUCGAUAAUGUAGCUCGCAGGUUUUCAUGGUUCCGGAGAGUCCUCAAACAACAUGAAGAAGAGCAUGCUAGCGGUUUCCUACCUUCGUGGCAACCUGCUCUUGCCUUGACAGGUCGCUUUGCUGAAGUGACGCGAGAAGACAUCAAGAGUGUUCUGAUCAGGGAGAAGUCCAACCUGCAGGUCUCAAUACUGCUCGAGGCGCUCAGUGCUACCACUGAAUUCGAGCAGCAGACGGCCAGAAAGUUCAGCGUAACGGUCGCAGCCAUUUUGGCCGCCAAUCCGAAGCCAGUUGUUGCAGCUCCGAGCGGCAUUACCAUCGCGACGCAGGCAGCCGCAGAGAGUAUCUCUUCUGUUUUCGAGCCUUACCUUGGCCUCUUCGUGGAAGCGCAAGAUAAGGCUCUGGCAGAGUUGAUGGCAGGCUAUCGUCGACAAGGCGUUAGCAUUCCUCAACCGGCGUCUGAGCAGGGUACAACGAACAUGACAGCCCCGGCCUCAGGUCAGGACCAACACCAUACGGUCUUGCCUUCAAGUACCGAGCUUUUCUACUUCUACCGCCAGACUCUCGAGCAAUGCGCGCGGCUAUCUAACCGAGACCCUUUCCGGGACCUCUGUCUGGUCUUCCGAAGGUAUCUCCGCGCAUACUCAGACGAAGUCCUUCGCUCAGCUCUCUUCAAGCCGGAGGCUGUCUCAGCAUUUGGCAGGCGGUCGACAUCCACUGAUGGCAGAGCAAACGUACAAGACUUGCAAAAGUGGUGCCUUGUGUUGAAUACGGCAGACUACUGUGCGAAUACUUGUUCUCAGCUCGAAGGACGCUUAAAGGAGAAGAUACAUGAAGAGUACAGAGAAGAGGUCACUUUGGAGCCAGAAAGAGAGGCGUUCCUUGGCAUCGUCUCAGCCACCGUGCAAGUUCUGACCCGUGAGCUCGAGUUGGGUAUUGAGCCAGCGUUCAGCAGGAUGAUGCGCCCCUCGAUACCAUGGCAACAGCUGACGGAGGUGAGAGGCAAGUCGGAGUACAUCGACGAUCUCAAUAGCGCUCUCGAAGCAUUCGCGGUCAUCGUACGCCAAGACAUCGAAAACAAGCGCUACAUCAGGUCUUGGGCAGACAAAGUUGCUACACUGAUCACUGCGAAGUUUGUGAACAACAUCGUGCGGCUCCGGCCGCUGCACAAGUCGGCUGCAGAACAGCUCAUGAUCGACCUGUAUGAAGUUCGCUCGGCUCUGGUCGAGCUACCGCAAUUCUCGCCCUCAGAGUCGAGCUCGGUCAUGGGCUCGUCUUACACACGAUUCAUCGACAAGGCCAUCUCCAGGAUUGAAGCAUUGCUGCGCAUUAUCAUAGUGCCAGACGAGAAUGCCGUCAAUUUCAUCCACGAAUACGUCAGGCUAAUUGAAGAUCGAAGCUUCUCUAACUUUCAGAAGGUCCUGGAGCUGAAGGGUGUCAAGCGAAUGGAGAUGAAUGGACUGAUAGAGCAGUUUGUUCAAAUUACCGGGGCCAUGCAAGGCGAGCAGGUCUCCGACACGAGCUUCCUGACGUCUUUGGGUGAGUUACGCGGAAAUGAGAGCAGCGAGCCACUAAUAGUGCAUCUUCUGACCUCGAACGUCCCCUUCUACACUGCAGAUAUGGAUCCUUCGCAGGACUUCAUUACACCCCCACCAAGUCUGGAUGCGGGGGCCUCGUCCAGCACUUUGGGUCGGCCCUCGUACGCCUUGCGCGGCCUGUCAAGCAGCGGCGUGAUGUCUCCGGACCACGGUUCACCUCGGCUGGACGGAGCAGGGAUGAGCGGAAGGGUCUUUACCACUGGCAAAUUCGCCUCGAUGCUCGGUCUUGGGAAGCGGGAAGACAGAAACAGUCGGUAG